AUGGCUUCCUUUUCCUUUGCGCGGCAGUCGCAGCCCACUGCUGUACGGUCUCCAAGCGCAAGCGCGUCCGUCUUCGCUUCCUCACGUGCAAUGGACAGCACAACACCCAAUGACCCUCUACAGCCCUUGCGCGCAAUGGCAGAUCGCGUUGGGAAAGAGGUGGAGAGGUUCGCUGAGCGGGUCGACCAGUGGCAUACGAAUGGGAACGACUCCAAGAAGGCCAAGCAUCAGGCGACAGUGAAGAUGGUGGGCAAGUUCAGAGAUAUGGCGGAUUCGCAUGUCAAGGAGUUGAAGAAGGCUCAUGCCACGGAGCACAAGGAUCUGCAGAGUCGCAGUGUACGCCGGCGCAUACAAACCAUGGCCGAUGCUACCGAAAACGCUGAGCAGACCUCGUUUGGCCAAUCAAGUCAGCCUUUCGCCAUGUCCAGCAAUGCUAACGGUGCGAAUGUCUCGAGAAAUCUCCAAGAUUUGCGCGAAUGGCAAGCAGAGCUCGCAACCUGGGAGCUCUUACGGCUGAUCAUCGAUCACUACCAUCCUGGGCCCGAUACCAACCCACAAGAAGAGAAGAAGGCGCGACUAGCAAAGGUUGGAGGAACAAAUCGCUACUGCCAGAAUAGCGAAAUCUGGGACCGCUUCUUGCUAGAAGAUGACCAUGCAAAAGAGAAGGUCCUUGUGAUGCGGUGGUUGGAACAGACAGCAGACAAUAGCGAGAGUGAUAUUGAGUCCAUCACUGCUGAAUUGCAAGAAGUCUCUGGAAAAGGAGUACAUACAUGGACAAGCGGAUGGCUAGAUACCAAGACGAAGAUCAAGCAGGUCAAGCGCUUAGAAGGCGUUGAUCAGCCCUUGAACCGAGACCUAAAUCUCAAGACUUCUGAUCGAACUGCAACCCUCGUCACCCAACUGGACCCCGAUGCGCCCACACGGCAGAAGCGAGCGCUUGAGAAAUCGGACGAGUACUAUGAGCGCGCAUUGUGGAUGGUUUGCUACGAGAUGAUGCGACGCGGUAGGCCAUGGAAAGAGAUUGUCGAUUGGUGCCAAGAGAGGAACGAAGGCUGGCGCGGAGUCAGCUUGGGUGCAGCAGUUGAGGCACAUCCAGAGGGUGGGCCAAACGUGGCUGGGCCGACGGUCGGAUAUCUCUUCCGCCGCAUGUGCUUCCACACAGCUCGAGGAGCACGCAUACCUUAUGAAGCUGCUGUCUACGGUCUACUUGGUGGAGACUUGAAGCAGGUACAAGCCGUCAGUCGGUCCUGGGACGAUCACCUCUACGCUCACUACAACGCCCUCCUUCUCUCGAGAUUUGACACCUACCUGCCACGAAAGCAUCCUUCACGCGUCAGCCAAACUUUGACCUCGAAGUUUGUCUUCCAAGACGCAGUUGCCAAUAUUGGAGAUUGGAAGUUUUCAGCGCAGAAAGUGAUCAGCCUUCUGAAGCAACAGAAGAGCACAGCGGCACAAGCCGUAAUGCCGAUGAAGUUAAUUCAAGGUGCCCUCAUUAGCAGGGAUUUUGAAGAACUCAUGCUCAAGACUGGAGUCGCGUUAGCGGACAUGAUGCAGGAUGACGACCGACAGCAGAACCUGAUCAUUCAUCCCGAUUCAUCACGAGCAGAUCGAAAUGCCAAACCAGAAGGCGAAAAGAGGACGUUUACCGCUGAGAAGUGGUAUCAGACACUUGUGAGCGAUCCUCAUGCAUUCCGAGUACUGGUGCACAUCUGCAUGAUUUUCCGCAAUGGCAUAGGUGCUGUCAAGACACCUGACGAGCAACAACGGCUGGCCUGGGACAACGUGAUUGCAGCUUACAUCGAGUUCCUGCGCAUCUCCAAACGCAUAUCACUGAUACCACUCUACGCUGCGCAACUGUCGCCUCAGCGAGGAGCCCUCUGCCUUGCCCGUGUUCUACCAGACAUUAAGAACAGCGAUGAGCAAAGGCGAUGUGUUGCACUCAUGGAGACUUACGGUCUUGAUGUCAUCACUGUCGUCUCGCAGGCCUUCACCUUCGCCUUCCGGAACAGUGGCUUUACUCACUUUGACGACGAGGGGUAUACAGUUAUCACGAAGCCUAUCAAGCGAUUCGAGAUUGUGGAACGCGUUACUUCACUGCAAGAGCAGAUUUUAUGGCCUGGCCAACGCAUCAAGCGCGAGUUUGAAGGACAUGCCAUUGAGGAGAAGGAGGAGGCCAUCAUUGAAGCCCUGCAAUGGUACCAGUACAUUGGCAAUGACUACGAGCAAACCUUCUGGCACCUUAGAAAUGCGCUGACAAUCUUCUUGCUCAACGGUCGCAUCGGUGCAGCCGAAAAAGUCAUCACCGAUCUAAGCGUCGAAACACUCUCCCUUUCACGAACAGAAGCUUUGUGCGGCUACCCCUUCGACUUCACCAUGCCUGGCGCAGAGGAACAAGAUGAACGCCAGCUGUACGACUUCCGCGAUACCCUAACCGACAUCACCCGUCCCACCGCCCUCCCCCUGGACAAGCUCCCGUCUGCGGAAAGGCACCGAGAAAUCGUCGAAGACUUGCGCAAACAAAGUGCACCCUACCAUGACCUUCAGCAAAUCGUACGCCUCCUCAUCCUCUUCCGCGAAUGGCGUGAAGUAGAAGAAAAUCUGAUAAGAGUCCGAAACGAGCGCGCAAAAGACCCCUCCCUCCCCCCUCGCAAACCCGACACCCAACGCACCAAGCAAAUCCUCGACGCCCUCUCCUCCCUCUUCGACCACCUCAUCGCGUCGACCUCCCACUCCCCCGAAGCCCCCACCCACGACACAAACAACCUGCGCAACGCCUACAUGCCCGAUCUCGUCCUCGCCUACCUCUCCGUCCUGCAAACCAGCUCCUACUUUUUGCACCGCGACCCUGCCGUCAAGGCCAUGGAGAUUGCCGUCCUCGUCGCCGACGAGGAGAAUAAGUGGCUGCAGCGCGUGUUGCUGCGCACCGGCCGGAUGAGCGAGUUGGUGGAUUGUCUGGCUUGUGUGGGCAAGGCUAUGUUGAGGCUGGGCGAGUUUGAGAAGAAGGGGGGGAAGGGGAAGAGAGGGGGACGGGGGGAGACGUUGCGGAUUUGGGAUUUGGGGGUUAGGGAGAGGGAUGGGUAG